AUGGCAUCAGCACACGACCUAAGCGCAUGGGACAAGGAUGGCAGAGUGUUCCUCUUCACAUCUCUGACAGCCGGAUCAUCGCACAUCAUCACGGCGACAUCACGUAUCGAGACGAUCCUCAAUGCCAACAGAAUUCCGUUCCUGGCUAUAGACACAGCAACUAAUGAGUCGGCUCGCCGUCUCUGGGGCCGUCGAGCGGCCGGAAAGAAGCUUCCUGGCCUGGUCAAGGAGGGCUUCGUGAUAGCUGACCUCGACGAAGUCGAAGAAUGGAACGAGUUUGGCGAGAUCAAAGAGAACAUUGGCGACGUACCACCUGCCUCGUCGGCUCCCGCGCCCGGUGGUGAGGCUGUGACGACGAGAGCCACGAUGCAUCCUACAACCACCGCCCAGCCCCCAGCUCCGCUUCCAGUCAAGCCCACAGCUACCGCAGCCAACAAAUCAGCCAGCGACAAGUCCGACCCGCUGCAGACCCCAAUGGCCAAUCUGUCCAUGAAAGAGGCCGCCACCGAAGCCGCCGCCAUUGGUGCCGCGCGCAAGGGUCCCGCACCGGGUAUCAACGACACCAAGGUCGCUCCUCUGAAGUCGCCUACUCAGACCUCGAGCCUGGCCGAAUCAUCCGAAGCACCAGAAUCCUCGAAAGCACCAGAGCCCGCACCUCUGUCUGCAGUCGAGUCUAGUGAUGACCUCGCCGCUGCAGUGGCUACACCUGCCGGCACUAUCCAGCAAAAGCACAGAGGAAGCAGUGUCAGCAACGCCAAUCCCGAAGAGAUCAAAGAGCUUGAGCAAUCUUCUGCUAUCCCCGAAGCCGACGACGAGGACGAAGAGCAGCCAAAGACACAAGAGCAAGAGGCCGCCGUCGCCGACAAAGCUUCUGUCAGCGUCCAGGAUUAA